AUGAACACUUCUGAUUCAGAGUUUUGGAUAAGGCAGCUUGACAAGCUUUCAAAUGAACAAAAGAAUAUAUUUCAAUCAAAUAAUAAUAACAACAGCAGGGACAAUGAGCUCCUUUUAGACAUUAGUGAUCCACCUAGAGGAAUCAUGAAAGCUGAUCAUGUUCAAUUUCAUUUCCCAACGACAAAUACCAGUACUACUACUACUACAACCACUGCUAUAUCAUCAUCAUCUUCAAUCACAAAUAAAUCAAAUAAAGAAAUAAAUGACCUAGUUAUAGAUUUUACUGCUCUGAUGGCUGAAGAAUCUACAGUAAAACCUAUUGAGUUUACCUGCAGUUUAGAUGAUUUAAUUGACGAUCAAAGUCAAGUGAUCCAAUCCGUUAUAGAUACCAUGCGAAAACAAGAUACGCGUACGACAGUACAGGAACCAAAAAGGAAACCUCAACUCAAUCUAAAUGCUCCUGAAUUCAAACCCAAGGCCAUAUUUUAUGACAAUCCACAUCAUUAA